UUUCCAUUACUUCUCUUGUUUUGCUCGUGAUACAGAAAAAUAAAACGUAAAUUGUUCAUCAUUUUGUUGCGUAACAUUUCCGAUGAAUCUUUAUAAUACUUCCGACGUUAAAAUCCGGUUAUUAUAAAAUUUAUAAUUUGCCUACACAUCAUUUCCCAGGACACUGUAAUUCUGAUUCGUUUCCAUAUAUAGAAAUUAUUCAUUCUAAUAAUGUUAAUUUUAUUUUAUUACUUUAUUUUCAUUCUAAAUUGUACGAUUAUAUUUUGCGAUAAAUGCUGUCAAAUUGGUUUACGAGAAUCGCCCGGCUAUAUUUUAGUAAAAUCAAAUGCAAAAUCAUUAAAAACAAUCAUUGCAAGAAAAGAAGUGUUAAAUGUGGAGAAAUGUAAAGAAUUUGCGGAAUCAAAAAAAGCUCUGGCUUUCAAUUUUGGUCGUGAGAAAUUCAAAAGUGAUUUCAGUGCCAAUCAUUUGUCGAAAACAAAUUGUGUAGCUUUAGAUUGUCCUGAAGUUCAUAAUUUCACAGCUCUUCAAAAUGCAACAGGAAUUAAAUACUAUAGUUCAUAUCCUUAUUGGAUAUGGGGCAAUGACAAUUCAACCAAUGGAAGUUUAUCCUGUGUUCCUCGUGUCGGAUUAUUUUUAUUUUUUGAAGAGCCCUUUAAUUUUCCUGCCGCACAACUCGUUUGUGGAAAAUUAAAUGCAACCCUGGCACAUGUUAUUAGUGAAGAACGAACUGAAGGUUUGAUGAGAAUAAUUGGCAAUGUUCCAACAUUCGUUGGAUUAAGUAGUCAGGGCGAGAAAAGAUCUUGGAAAAAUGAAUUCGACGAGCCACUGGAAUGUUUCGAUUAUCGAGCAUGGGGUGAAAGAGAACCGUCUCAUUCACGAGGCUGUGUCGCUUUAUAUCGUCCAAAUUUAAACGACUCACCAUAUUGGAAAGUUUUGCCAUGUAAUGUCGAAUGUCCUUUCAUCUGUGAAAUACCGCCAGCAAAAUACAAAAAGUCAAAAAAUAAAAACGUCAAUGGUCGUCGCACAUAAGAGAGAAUCACUAAAAAGCAAAUUCUGAAAAAAAGAAAACUGGACGAAGAUUAAUGCAGGUAAUUUGAAUUAAAUACUCGAGUAAAGAAAAAAAAAAUUUUUUAUAUUCAAAUAAAAUAUAUACAAAUGCACACACGAGUUUUAAGUCUUGGCACAAUAUGCCUAACAUUGACUCGAUGAGAGAAACGAGAGAAAAUAUAAAAUCCAUUUUAUUUCUAGAUAUACGCUAUAUACAUAUAGGUUUCAAUUUUCUUUUCUUUUUCUUUCUCUUUAUCUUAAAUCCACAAUCCUCAACGUUGUUUUUAGUGUUUGCUCUUAAAAAUCUAGAACCUUUUUUUUUUUUUUUAAAAAAAAAAAGAUUAAAUCAGUAAUGUCUGAAUUUUUCACAAACGUUAAUUCAGACAUUAACUUAUAUAAUAUUAUACUAUGGUAAUAUAAUAUAUAAUAUUAACGUAGAUUUGUAAGCUGCACCCAACAUUAUUUAUUUUAUUUUUAAGACUCGUAUUAAUGGAAUAUCACGAAAAUGCAAGGGACCGAAUUCCCAGUAUAAUAUUAAUUACACAGCAAUUAUCGGAAGCAAGCAGUAAAUAUACUAUAUUUAAUUAAAUCGACUCUUGAUACAUUUGUACAAAUUGCUUUUUUUUGCAAAAAAUAUAGCCGGUAUUGUUCCCUGAAUAAGAAGUGUUAAUUAAAAAUGAACUAUUUUUAAAUUCCAAUUUUAAUUUCCAUAAUACAGUAGAACCUCGAUAAUUUAAAUUCAAUUGAUUUUCAAAUAAACGAGCUUCAUCUGUACUUUUCUAAAAUGUUUAUAUACACAUUUUUAAAAUACACAAAAAGAAUAUUUACUCAUUUUAUACCAACUGUAAAAAAAAUGAUUAUAUAUUUAAUAAAAAUAAAAAUUUAAUAAAUAAUAUUAUAGACUAAAUAAUACCAUUAAAAUGUAAGUUUUUCUUACUUAACAUAAAUUAUAAUUUGGAGUAUUAAAAAUGUUAAUGAAAUUCAUUUUAUAUUGUAUUUUAGAAAUUUGUAUAAAAACAUUAAAACUAUCGAAAUUAAAAAAGAACAUCUAUUUAAAUAGAAAAUAAUAAUUUUUAAAAAUCCAUCAAACUCAAAAAUUUUAAUUUAAAUAUUUAAACAAUUAAUAAAACCCAAAAUUGUUAAUUCAAGUAUUUAUACAGGAAAAUUUUAAUAUAAAAAAUAGUAUUCGUGGGAUAUUUUCUAUUUUUAUUUAGUUAUUAGAUUAUUAUGCACAACAUCAAGAGUUGAUUUACUUUUAUGUAACAACUCUAAAAUAAAAUUUAUAUUACGUUAAGACGAAUUGUUAUUAAGUUUAUCUAGACAAAAAAAUUUUUUUUGUAGUUUAACAAGACAAAUUUGUACGAUAUUUGUCAUAUCACUUUGAUAAAAAAGUGUUUAGUUCUUACAUAAAUAAAUUAAAUCUGAUUUAAUGAAAAUACGAUUCUCAUUCUAUAAAAGUACAAAAUGAUUGAUUUCAGGUGAAAGAUAAUUGGUCUAUUGAAAAAAGUAUUGGUCGAAUAGCAAAAUACCUGCUCGCGAUAUAAAAAGCUUUUAUUGCACAUUGAUGCUUUUCAUUAUGAUUAUGUAUUCUUUGCGAUUAUGUUUUUUUCACAUUAUUUAUUAUGUAUUUAUUAAUAUUUGUUUUGUUUCAUUAAUUAUUAUUAAUAAUAAUUAUUAUUAUUUUUAACAACUAUAUUUUUUUUCUGACAGCACCAUGUAAAACCAUAACAAAGCGCAGGAAUAUAUAUAUAUAUUUUUUUUCCAUGAUUUUUGGAAUAAUGGCUCGGUGUUUAAAUAUAUACAGAUCAGAAUUAUAAAAUAAGAAAAAAAUUAUUAUGUUUAUAUCAUUUUUUUUUUUU